UUAGGGAAGACCCGCACCGCACGGAAGUGGCUCUUCAGAAGCGGCAGUAGCACCGAUAAGCUUUGCUCUAAAGAAAUCUAAUAUUGUUUGUAGUCAUGACCACGCUGGAUGAUAAGAUCCUAGGGGAGAAGCUGCAGUAUUACUAUAGCAGCAGUGAGGAUGAAGAGAGCGACCACGAUGAAGAGGAGAACGCUUCCAAAACCAUCCGUGACCAGGAAGUGUUGGAUGUAGAAAUUGAUUACAGUGCAGAUGGCAGUUCUGUCAACACUGGUCCGAAGGGGGUUAUUAACGAUUGGCGUAAAUUUAAGCAGCUGGAGAAUGAGCAGCGCAUGGAGCAGCAGAAAGAGAUGGAGAGACUCGUCAAGAAACUCAGCAUGACAUGCAAGUCGCAUUUGGACGAGGAGGCUGAAAGAGAGAAACAGAAAAAACUGCAAGAUAAGAUCGCAGGAAAGAUGACGCUUCGUGUGGACGAAGAUGAGGAAGAUGAUGAUGAUGAUGAUGAAGCCUUCCUGCAACAGUACCGCCUGCAACGCAUGGAGGAAAUGAGGCGACAGCUGUGCGGGGGGCAGCGCUUUGAAAAGGUGAUUGACAUCCCCUCGGGGGUGGAGUUCUUGCGUGCCAUUGACGAAGAGGGCAAGAACACGCUGGUCCUGGUCCACAUCUACGAGCCGGAGGUGCCCGCCUGCCAGGCCAUGGAGGGCAGUCUGCUGUGCCUGGCACUGCAGUACCCGAUGGUGAAGUUUUGUAAGGUGAGUGGUUCGGCAGUGGGUACGAGCGCUCUCUUCCGCACUUCGGCUUUGCCGGCCCUGUUGCUGUAUCGAGGGGGAGAGCUGGUGGGGAAUCUGGUACGCGUGUCCGAUCAGCUCGGAGAUGAUUUUUAUGCCACAGACGUCGAAGCGCUCCUGCAAGAGUUCGGCCUGCUACCGGAGAAAUUCACACAGCCAAACAAACACUCAUCUAUUCGAAAUGCAGCUGUCACCAACGACUCCGACAGUGAUCUGGACAUAGACUAAAUGCUUGUACACACACACACACACACAUGUACAUACAUGCAGAACAAUAUGCACUCUUAUUUACAUUUUCUUAUUAUUUCAAAUACAAUGUAGUGACAAAAACACAGCAGUUGGAGUUCAUACAAAUCUAAAAGUUCACACUACUGUUAAUACUGGGUCUCUGUACAAAUAUUAUGCCCAGUAUGAUGAACUAUCCAAUAGCAGCUUAUUGUUACUGGACCAAAUAUAACAGACAUUGUCAGACCACAUGUGUGUAUGUGUGUGUGUUGUCAUGUCAGAAACCUCUAGAAUCGAAGAGCGUUUCUUUAUGCAAAAGUAGCUAAACCUUUUAGAGAAUCCUGCAUUGAUGUUUCACUAUUUAUUAUAGAUUUAGAAUUAUGUAUUUGUUUCCUUGCAUGUGAUUUGUUGGUACAAUUUUAGUUUGUACAAUUUUAGUUUGCUUUGCCCUCUGUUAGUUUUAUACAUUUUAUAAACAUACCUAUUAAGAUAAUUGCAAGAAUAAAAAAAACUUGAUUCAGA